AUGCCACAUAGCUGCCAUUCUCAGGUGAUAUCUGCUCUGACCGCUCUGUCGCUUUUCCUGCUUUUCACCCUCGCUCAAUCUGGUCCAACAGCUACAGAGAAAUUUGUUGGCGCAGUCAAGAGAGUCAACAAUCCUCCAAGCAUCGAUUGGUGUCCUGCGUCAGCUCCUGAAGACGGUCCACCAUCUUCGGCUGCGGCGCUGAGAGACACAAAGUAUCUCCCCGUACAGAUUGGCGGUAUCAUUGCGGCAUACGGCAUCUCGUUGGUACUGGUCGCCAUCACCUUGCUUUCGCUCGCAAAGAAGAGACGAGAGCAUAUCCAGGCUGGAAACGAAGAGGUCGAUUUUGACGAGUCUGGGGCAUUAUACUACACAGACUCGCCAUCCGCCGCCUCUCCCCUUGACCAUUUUAAUCCGCAAUCGCAUCUCGGACGCUCGGGGUCUCCUCCCAACUUCUCGUACCCAUCGCCUAAAAACACUCAAUUCAACGCCAAUACGCUUCCCCAUCUCAAGCCGUAUAUUUGCCCUUCACCGAUAUCCUCUGUCGGCUGCCCAGGGGUCGACUCCUCGGUUGAUCAAUCCGUCGUUGCUGCAGACAGGAAAAUGGCGCAAAGUCAGCUGGAAGCGAUGUACAAACAUGUCAUGGAGCAUGAAGAUGCUAAGCAGCGCGGAAUUGAGUUGGAUAGCCCCCUUCCCCGGAACCAGCAGCGAGCAUCAGCUUCUGACAAGUCCGGUACGUCGCCGUCGAGCAAAGAUACCGCCAAGCCCGGAAGCUUGAACCUUGUGGCAGAGCAUGAGGGCAGGACACAGUCCAGGACUUCAUCCUUCUUCGCGGCACUGCGUUCCUCGCGGAAGAAGGCCAUCAGAGGUGUAAAUAUAUCGCCGCCAAUAAUGACGCCACAGUCAGCAACAUUUCCAAGACACGAGCUGCGGGAGAUGAAUACAAUUCCUCACCGAAACUAUGCGCCUCCUCCGCCCCCCCCGCUUCCCCCCGUCCCAACGGACCAGACUUCCUUCGGUCCCCAGGUCCGGGUCCGGAGGGGCGCUGCUUCUCCCACAUCAUGCAUAUCUCCUGGGAGCGUCCCGAGCAUCGACGAGCGUAUUAAUCCACAGCCUUGGCCGUCAAGCUCUUCAAAUGCUGCGGGAUCCGAGGCUGAACCCGAGUCGGCCACAUCACAAACACCUCUGGUUGGGCUGCCCUCCUCUCCGAAAGCGGGCGUCUCUUAUCCUUCUCUACUCUCGUCUCCCAAGCCUGGUGCUCGAAUUCAAAGAGCCAACGCGCCAUCGGUUGUGCGUACUGGUGGUCACUUGCCACUGAGAGCCUACGAGCCUGCUCUAGCGUCGCCGUCUGCUACGCCGCAGGUCACAAAGCAGACAGUGUUUGAAAGGCGAGGCCCAGUGUCGCCAACUACAGGAAGGACUCCCAUGACUGCUGGUGCAGUGCCCUAUUCGCCGUACCAACCAUUCACACCACUUAUCCCCAUUACGCCGUCUCUAGUGACCAAGGAGGACCGAAAGAGAAUGAGGAAACUGAUUCCCAAGACACCCACUACGGAACUGGUCAAGAGUUCUGAUGAGAUGUGGUGA